GGUGAUCAAAUAAAAAUGUUGCGACGCUGCUCGAAGCAUCUGCAGACUAUAUACCGGAGGCAGAGUCACGGCCUCCGGUUUCGGUCGUCAGAAGUGACCAGGAUCUGCAAUACAGUGCCCGGGAAGCUCCUGAAACCCAGGGUCAUAACCGCCCAAAACCAGAUCGCGUCCAUCCACUUCACGAACCCACUGUUCGCCGAACAGGAUGUCCUCACACCGAGUUUCCCAGACUCCGUCUCCGAAGGUGACGUGAAACUCGACAAGCAAGUCGGAGACGCGGUCGCCGCUGAUGAAGUUGUCCUCGAGAUCGAGACCGACAAAACUGCGAUACCCGUCAUGGCGCCAGACAACGGUAUUAUCAAGGAGUUCUAUGUUAAGGACGGCGAGACCGUCAAAGCUGGCCAGAAGCUGUUCAAACUUGAAAUAACAAGUGGGGCUCCGAAAAAGGCCGCAGCACCAGCUCCCGAGCCGCCUAAGGCUGAGGCCCCAACUCCACCCCCACCACAAGCUGCGGCACCGCCUCCACCCCCACCACCAGCAGCCACCCCUCCCCCACCACAAGCAGCCACCCCUCCACCACCACCUCAGGCCCCCCCAAAGCCAGCCACACCGCCUCCAGCUGCUCCGAUCUCCUCAAUACCAGUAGCAGCGAUCCGUCACGCCCAAGCAAUCGAAACCGCCUCAGUCAAAGUACCGCCAUCGGACUACAGCAAAGAGAUAGUCGGUACCCGCAGCGAACAACGCGUCAAAAUGAACCGCAUGAGGCAAAGAAUCGCCGAGCGUCUUAAAGAGGCUCAGAACACCAACGCACUACUUACCACCUUCAAUGAAAUCGACAUGUCCAACAUUAUGGCGUUUAGGAAGAAGUACCUUGAUGCUUUCACAAAGAAAUUCGGUGUUAAGUUGGGUUUGAUGUCGCCUUUCGUCAAAGCCGCUGCCAACGCUCUAAUGGACCAACCAGUUGUCAACGCAGUCAUCGAUGGAAACGAAAUAGUGUACCGCGACUACGUCGACAUUUCUGUUGCAGUCGCGACACCAAAGGGCCUGGUGGUGCCCGUCGUCAGAAACGUUCAGAACAUGACUUACGCUGACAUAGAACUGACGAUCGCGGAAUUAGCGGAAAAAGCGAGGAAAGGUAAACUUACCAUCGAGGAGAUGGACGGUGGUACCUUCACGAUCAGCAACGGUGGAGUCUUCGGGUCGUUACUUGGUACUCCUAUCGUGAACCCUCCACAGUCUGGCAUCCUAGGUAUGCAUGGAAUAUUCGAGAGGCCCAUCGCCUUAAAUGGGCAAGUUGUGAUCAGACCGAUGAUGUACAUAGCGCUGACGUACGACCACAGACUAAUCGAUGGACGUGAAGCGGUCAUGUUCCUCAGAAAGAUAAAGGAAGGAGUCGAGGACCCGGCGUCCAUAGUAGCUGGAUUGUAAGAAGCUUAAGGACUCUCCAGUCUGAAAUUCGAAAUUACCUUAGAUAUUAAUUAUUUUACAAAAUCGACUGGGGAGCGGAACAACUUAUGUAUAAAUAGCUUCCUGUGAAAUCAAUGCUUGUCGUCUGUUUGUUUGUAUUUAUUGAAUACGUCCGAUUGUAUUUUAUUGUAUUAUUUAUCGAUUAAUAAGUAAUAAAUAAUUUUCAGAAAACAUAUCUUGUACGGUGGAUA